AUGGAAUCAUCUGACGAAGAAGAAAAAAAAAAGUCAACUACUCCGGCACCUCCACCAAAAAAGAAAAAAUCAGUUGCGCAACAAAUUGCCGAAAGAGAGGAAUUAAAAAGAAAAGCCGCUGAACAAAAAGCGAGAAUAUCUUUUAUUUCUGUAAUUGAUGCUGACUUGGAAAAUGCCGAGGGAAUGUUUCAAGGAGUAACCAUAAGAGAAACUGAAGGCUCUCCUUUAGAUAUGACAAUUCCUAUGACAAAUCCCAAGACAAAGGAAGAUUUCGAAGAAUUCUCCAAACUUUUAGUUGACCAAAUUCGAAAAAAUGAGAAACAAGGCUUGUAUGUCAACUUUAUUAAUGACUUUAUACGUGAACUUUGUGCUCCCCUUAGAGAUGUUGAUGUACGUAAAUUUGCAAGUAAAGUUAAGCCUGCUCUUCAAACUGAAAAGUUUGAUCUGUAUGAUACAACGGAUUAUGGAAAUUAUGAUGAUUUCGAUGAUUUCAUGUAA